UCGGGCUGCUCCGCCGAGCCGGACCUGGGGAGCGCGCGCCCGGAGCCCGCGCCCCGUGCCCAGAGCCGCCGAGGAAGCACCGCAGCGCUUGAGCUUCCGGAGCUGGGGGUCCCCGAGCGCGUCGGACUCGCGUGGCAAGCUCUGCUCUCUGAGAGGCCACACUGAGUCAUUGGCUCAAGCUGUGAUGUUCAGCUGUCCAUCUUGCUUCCUGGAACAGCUCAACCCAGGGUCUUCCUGAAGUGGUGACCACUCCAGCUGGCAGGGAUAGAAAAUGGUACCAGUCAGGCCAGAGCCCUGGAAGCCCACAGUCACUGUUGCAGGAUGGAGGAACCCACUCCCGAGCCAGUCUAUGUGGAUGUGGACAAGGGGCUGACCUUGGCUUGCUUCGUUUUCCUCUGCCUCUUCCUCGUAGUCAUGAUCAUCCGCUGCGCCAAGGUCAUCAUGGACCCCUACAGUGCCAUCCCCACAUCCACCUGGGAGGAGCAGCACCUGGAUGACUGAGGCACAGGACAGGUCAUGGGGUGGAUGCGCUUCUGCAUGCCCCGGCCAGCAUCCUGGAAGCACUUGGAGGCUGGGAGUGGCUAUAACCACCCAAAGAUAAAGAAGGCUUACUUUCACCUCGUUGGUUUUCACAUGACCACCAGAGGGAAAUAAAUGCCAGCAUGCUGGACCCGAGGCAGCCUGGGGAAGCCUGGGGAGAGGAAUGCUGAGCCAUGUUUCGGAUGAAUGGAGUCCAUCCUAGGACUCCAUUGGGAAACUUCAGGGAGAUGGUUCCCUGCCCAAGGCUCCUGUACACCUGUGAAAACUGAACAGAGAGCAGACACUCUGGUCUGCAAACAGUGGUCAGGAGGAGACUGACCUUCAAAUGCACAACACAGAGAAGCUGCUGAGAGCCCAGUACCCUCCCAGACUAGCAGUGGUGGGUCUGGAAGGAUGGAAAAUUUAAGGAGCUUCUCCUGAAAAUUCUCACAAGGCACACAGCUACUUCCAAACUGUUUUUUUUUUUUAACUGAGAUAUAGAGGGGAUGUAUUUUUCCUGUUAAAAAUGAGAUGUGCAUUUUAGACACUUGGGAAAAUAUAGAUAAGUAGUAGGAAAGGGAGGUAAAAAGCACUUAUAAUCCAACCUCCCAGAAGCCAUCAUUUUGAUAUACUUCAGAUCUUUUUUACAAUAAUUUUUUUAGUAAUUCACACCGUAUGCAUGACGCUGCAUUGAUUCAUAUGAUAGCUUCUGCCUCCCAAGAUACCAUGGCUGGUUUUAGUGACUCAGAGUAUACUGGCUAUGCCAUGACUGAAUAUAGUCCUUUUCUUUAUAUAUUUAACUUUUCCACAAUAUUCUCACACAAAUCAUUUCACCCAGUAAUCUCCAGAAGCUCUGCACCCCAGGAGCUCCAGGCAAGAUGGUUCUAGUCCUUUUCCCUGCUUCAGCUACUCAGAGGCUGUGCGAACUUAAGAAAGUUGUGUCUUGGUGUCUCCAUUUCCUUAUUGUAAGAUGGGAAGGAGAAGUCCGUCUGUCUGUCUGACUGUCUGUGAAGGCAGCCAUGCUACAAGUGCGAGCUGAGACUAGGUGGCUGAUGGUCACUCAUCUCUGGUCUUUCCUUCUUCCUCUUCUCCCACACCCUGUCACCUACGUCUGUGACCUUGCUGCAAGGGUUCUAGGCCAGAGCCUGCAACACUCUAGCCCCAACCCACCCCACCCCCUCAACUCCUGUGUCCUUGUGACAGAACCCCUAAAUAAAUCAUCACCUGUGA